CGAGCUCCUUCUGAGUUGGCUGUUAUUGUUUACGGUCACACUCAUAGGAAGUAGGUCAUGGAAAAACGAAAUGAGACGAGGCGAUUCACUUAUUCAGUUGUAGUGUCUUAACCAUCUAGUAUUACGCUAAGUCAAGGAGCAUAAUCUCGUUUGUGUUGCCGGUUUUAUGUGAUGCAACUAGUCAACAACAUACAGCAUUUAGUCUAAUGCUGUUCUUCAAACCUCUGGACUUAAACGUGAUUCAGUGCCAAGCUAUUCUACUUGUGAGACUCUGUUGCUGCCAUGUCGAGGCGAAGCAGGAACAGCCGUGCAUGGCGAUAUGUUUGGGGUGGGAUACGCCGGGAUGCUGAUGCUCGGGCUCUUGUGUUGGCCUCUGAAACUGAGGAAUGGAGCUAUGACCGCCUAGAGUACAGUGAUUCAGACUCAGAAGCAGACUUUUCAACAGUGAUGAUUCCUCCAGUCCCCAGUGCAGUGCCUGUUACAGGAGAAUCCUACUGUGGUUGUGAUUCCCAGGCAGAAACCAACUACAACCCUCGUCUUCGAGGUUUUCACCAAAUUAAAGAUUGCCGCUGUGGAGAAGAUGACCAAGAGUUUGACUGGGUUUGGGAUGCCAGCAGCCGAUCAACAGCAACAUUACUGAGCUGCGACAAUCGCAAAGUGAACUUCCACUCAGAGUAUAGCUGUGGUACAGCAGCGAUCCGUGGCUCUAAAGAGCUGGCUGAAGGCCAGCACUUCUGGGAAAUAAAGAUGACAUCUCCAGUGUAUGGAACAGACAUGAUGGUUGGUAUUGGAACGUCUGAUGUCAACUUAGACAAAUACAGGCAUACGUUCUGUAGCCUGCUGGGAAAAGAUGCAGACAGUUGGGGUCUUUCUUACACAGGCUUGUUGCACCAUAAAGGUGACAAGAUGAACUUCUCCUCCCGGUUUGGACAAGGAUCUAUCAUUGGAGUUCAUUUGGACACGUGGCACGGCACACUGACUUUCUUCAAAAAUCGAAAGUGUAUAGGUGUUGCAGCCACAGAGCUACACAAUAAGAGGUUAUAUCCAAUGGCCUGCUCCACAGCAGCCAAGAGCAGCAUGAAGGUGAUCAGAUCGUGCUCUGUGCCCACUUCACUGCUGUACCUUUGCUGUGCCCGUCUUCGCCAGCUGGUACCAGACUGUAUAGAUACCCUGGAUGUGUUGCCUCUGCCUCCAGGCCUGCGUCAGCUGCUCCACAACAAACUGGGUUGGGUGCUUAGUCUAAAUGGUGGCACCACAGGAGAAACCUCAGAUGGACCUGAGCAGUCCUCACAUUUGCCUGGCCCCUCUUUGGCUGGACCAUCCCUUUCUGAGAGUGACUCUGAGGGUUGUACGUCCGAUCCUGAAGCCUAUCAGAGGAAAAGAUGCCGCUGGACGUGACUGGACAGCUUGAAUCCUACCUCCUCUUAAACACUGGCAGACAUUACUGUUCUGAGGCAUCCGGUCUGAUGUUACCUUCCUGCCUCAAGCUGUUUUCAACUUCAGUGUUAUUCAGUAGUAAAGAAAAUAACUACAAUUGAUAGAGCAGAGGGAGCGGUACAUCGCUGGAAAACUGUGUUUCUGCCUGCACAUUAUUUACUGUGAUCUUUAUUCAUGCCAUUCAGACAUCUUCAUGUUAUCAUGUUUUCAGUAUCCAGACCAGUCCGGUAAUAAGUGCAAAUAUAUGAUGUAUUUUAAUAACUAGUUUGUUGCCAUUUGUGUAUGAGGAUUAGUGACGUGCAGGAAUGUUAUGUACAGUGUAACACUGACGUCAAGUACGGCCAAAUUUUGAUGGUCAUGGUAUAUUUACAAAUGGGGCUUUUGAGAAAAGCUGAUAUUUUCUGUGUCUUGUAUGCAAACAAUGUGUCUUUCUGAACCUAAAUAUUACCAGUGUGUCACCAAAGUAGUCGGUUACCUGUUUCACUGGCAUCUACUUAUUUUUAUUAGGUUGUCAAAGCGAGAAUCGGUGGAUAUUCUUAUUAAAGACAAACCUGAAUGCACUUUGCAGAUUUUAGUCCUCUAAAAACUAAAAUUUUUAUUUUUUGUCUGUUACGGAAUAUUAAUAAUCUGUAAGCUACACCUCUGAUUGCUUAAAUGAGUCAUUAUUUUUAUUUCUAACGUUUUUUCUGAUGGCAACAUCCAUCUAUAUAGAUUAAUUAAUUCUGGUCAUCAGAACAGCUCGUCAUUCAGACGUUCUUUGGAUAACUUUGUUCUCACACCUUUUUUUGGUUUUGUUUUAUUUUAUAGCAUUUUAAAAAGUGAUUUUCUAUGCUAAUAGUUUUAUUGUUUCACUUUUUGUACUGAUCUGUUUAUGCAACAAUAUUUUUUGUGUAUGUUUUCUUAAAUCCUUGUUCUAUCUGUUGUUAAUCAGCAAGAUUUAACUCUAAUCUCAAUCCUUUGCAGUGGAGUCCAUAAGCAGAAAGUAACAACAUAAAUGUCUGUAUAAACUUGUCUAACUUACUGCGGUCUGAUUCGCUCCCCGUGUUCAGUGUCUGUUCCCAGUAUAUUCCUUUUAAUAAUCAUGUCAAAAUAUGGCUGUAGAUUUGCAAAAAAAAAGUUUGUGAAACCUUCUGUAUUUACAGGAUUUAUUAAUCUAAAACUCACAAAAUGUGGUCUGAAUUAAUCCAAGUCAUAUUUCUCUCUAAUAUUCUAAUAAAUUAAUGAAUCUCU